AUGUUAUUAGGUCAAAAGCAUGAACAAAGGCAUAAAAGUCUUUUGGCUUUAACUGUGACAUCUCCUUCUUUAAACUCAGCUUUAUCUUGGUCUACCUUCUACAUUGACUUCAAUUCUCUUGAUCUCA